UUUCAGAGUUAGCGCAUGGUAAACGCUUUCAUAACCUAGCAAUCCAGAGCGCGAUCAUAAACAACGAAAAUGUUGCGACGGCAAGCACGAUUACGUAGAGAAUAUCUCUACAGGAAGUCCGUGCAGGAGAAGGUGAAAGGAAUCCAGGAGAAGAAGGAUAAGCUGAGACGCAACCUGGAGGAGAACACACCUAUUCACUCGGGCCUACGUAAGGAUGCUCUACACGUGCAGAAGAAAAUAGAAUGGGAAGAUGCGGGACCGGAGAUGGCAGUGGCCAUGGGAACGGAGAUGGGUGGCACCGUGGGCAACCACGAGGACGACGAGUACCGUUGGGCUGGUGUGGAAGAUCCCAAGAUCGUCAUCACGACGUCGCGCGAUCCUAGCUCCCGGUUGAAGAUGUUCGUCAAGGAGCUGCGCCUGAUCUUUCCCAAUUCACAGCGGAUGAACCGUGGUAACUACGAAAUGAAGCAGCUGAUACACGCUUGCCGAGCAAACGAGGUGACAGAUUUCAUCAUAGUGCACGAACACCGUGGCGUACCUGACAACCUGGUGAUAUGCCAUUUGCCAUACGGACCCACUGCCUAUUUCACAUUAUCCGAUGUCAUAAUGAGGCACGAUAUACCUGACAUUGGCACAAUGUCCGAACAGUAUCCACAUCUGAUCUUCCACAACUUCAAAACUAAACUGGGACAACGAACGGUGAACAUCCUGAAGUACCUGUUUCCUGUACCAAAGGAGGACAGCAAAAGAGUGAUCAGUUUUGCCAAUCACGACGACUACAUAUGCUUCAGACAUCAUAUGUAUAAGAAAGGACAAGGCAAGGAGGUUGAAUUGAUCGAAGUAGGACCACGUUUCCAGAUGAAGCUGUAUGAGAUCAAACUGAGUACUCUGGACACUGCUGCGACAGCUGAAUCAGAAUGGGUCUUGAGGCCAUACAUGAACACGAGUCACAAACGAAGAUAUCUAUCUGACAAGGAUGGCUGGCAGCAAGAAGAUAGCAUUUAAUCCUAUUCUAUUAGUUAAUUGAGCUUUUAUAAACAUAUUUCUCUAAUGUCACGUGAAUCAGUAUCUUUACAUAGGAAAAAUGUAUUCCAAUAUGUAAUAUACAUAUUACAAGUA